UUUUUAUUUUUAUUUUAGGGGGAACAUUUCAGUGGCACUGUAGUAUAUUUUUUCUAAUAUUGUUGAUUUAAACUAGUAUUAUAAAAUUUGAAAUGAGAAAACAUGUGUAGAGUUCAAAGAAUAUUAGUAAAAUAAUAGUAACAUUACUAGUUUAAUGUUUGGUGAAAACAAAAGUAAUUUUGUUAUUCACAAUUAUACAAUGUAGAGGUAAUGGAAUCCUUAGACGACUCCAAUUGUCCCUCAAUGAGUGAUGGUUUAUCCUUAUACGAACGUUAUAUGCGGAGUUUUAACGUGGUGGAUAAAUUUGUGGAAGAAAAUAAUCAUUUAGAGCAAGUUGAAGUCCGGUCAUCAAGCACUUGUGAUUACGAAAGUUCCAACAGUGGGGGUAACAUUGACUUGUCAGCUGCUAUUCAAGCUGAUGUAGAUAAACAUAGUACUGGACUGGAAGUGGACUGCAAUUCCUUACAACGCCUGAAUGAUAUUGCUAGUUUCGCAUACAAGCCAAAUUUCGGUUCCGACGGUGAUCGACCUAAAGCGGAAUCGUCUUGUAUUUCUUUGUCGGGGUCAUUGGUCGAGACCUCGUCCGCGACAGCAGAACUUUGUCUUUUGAAUGAUAAAUCAGACUUCGUCGAGACUGACGGUCGCCUGUCUUCGGACUCUAAAUCGGAGAGUUUUAAACACUCCGUAUUUAUAACCUCUACAAUGGAGAAUAGUAACAAUGCAGUGGAUAGCGUGCCAAUGUUCCGUGACAUAAGACAUUCUGAAAAUGUUUUCAAAUUACCAAUAAGUGAGCUAUCAUUUAAUGGUACAAUCAAGCAUGUUCAAAAAUUGAAGCCAAUUGUAGAUCCCUUGACAGCCUUGAGCACUGUGAAUGUGGGGUUGGAUUUGUCAGAUAAUGGGUCAGAGAAUACAGAUUGUCCAGCAGGCAGUAGUGUAAGUGAUAAGCUAACUGCAGACAAAUGCAGUUACCAACAAACCAGUGAUGUGACUGAUGAUAGGUAUACAUGUGACAGUGAGAAAAUUGAUCAAACAGCUGAAAGUAGUAGAGAUUCUCAGUAUGAAGAUGUUAAUUAUAAAAAAGAUUGUGAGGACAGCAAUGCUAAAUGGAAUUUAGAACAAAGCUACUCAUCUAUAGAGACAUCAUUUGAUAGUGGGGUUAGGUCUCCUGAUAUGUUCUCUGAUGAAGAAGAGGAGCCUAGUCCAGCUCCUGAACCAUUCUGGAAUUUUAUUAAAGAUUUUGAAGCUUAUGACAAAAAGAAAGUUAGAAAGAUUGAGGAGACUCUUCAAGGACUUUUACCACCUCCUUCAGUGACUACAUUAAAAACAGAUGUAACAGAAAUGCUUAAAAAGUAUUACUGUUUCCUUCCUGCAUUUAAUGAUGAUAAAAAAAUCAACACUUUAGAGGUUAAUUCAAUGACACCCACCAAAAAGGUUUCAUUUAUCCACAUUCCAACAACUUCAAUGGAAACUGAUGAAAUACAAGAAAAUUCAUCACAAGUAAAUGCAAGGAAUAAUAACAGUAAUAUAGACAAUUCUGAAUUAAAUACAAGUGUUAAUGACAAGAGUAUAGAAUUGAAAAUGUGCACAGAAAUUGAAGUAAAAGAUACAUUAUGGCCAGAUUUAAUAAAAUGCAGAUAUUUUGAUGUAUAUUACAAUAUCUCAAGCUAUAGAGAAAAGUAUGAGCAGUUACUUCAACGUUACACAGAGAGGUUUGUUGGAGGUGAAACUGAUACUAGUGUCAAUAUUUAUUCCGGUGGUUUGCAGUCCCCUAACAGUGCAAGCAAGAGGAAAGCAUUGAGACUCAAAAUGGCCCAGUUGAAGUCACCAGGACGCCGUCUCUCUCACUUGGCUCGUCGGCGACAGGCAUUCUGCAGUGCAGCUACCAUCAACGAGAAAGCUCAGGGCACCUCAUCUAAGAUGGUGCUCAUUGAUAAAAAUUUCUUCCCGCACAGGAAGCUGAUAAAUUCCGCCGAAAGGAAAAUACGACGCACGCCUAAUAAAAAGACACCUACACGAAGAACACCAGGCAAAAAGACCGGUGCAGCGACUCCGAAGACGAAAAGUGGAGGAUCAAGUAAAAAGAAAGCGAUGAGACGACUACUAAUGGACACGGAAAGCUUAUCUCGAUCUCAACCAACAAGAGAAACAUUGAAAAGGGCUCUGUUUGUUAGCCCUGAAAAUAGGAAGAGUAUACCAAACACUGCUAGCUCUUCCGUACCACAGCAAACGAAUAGAUUCAGACGCGUAUUAUUCAGUUCCCCAGACCGUGCUGAGACCAAAAGUAUGGAUGGUACCAUAAGUGAUAAUUUCCUCAAGAGGAAGUGUGAAGAUGUAUUGGACAAUGGUCGGAGUAAGAUAGCUAAGAGUUUGUCGUUUGGUGGCGAUUCCUUCAGCGCAUCGCAACCUGUCCCGUUUGAUCGCAGAGUGUCCGAAAUACUGACUACAAGGAAUACAACUGAAUUAAACGAGACUCAUAAAAAGAAACUGCUAUGGGCGGUGUCGGAGGCGCUGCGGGCGCGCGGCUGGCGCAUGUCGUCGCCCGGGUUCCGCGAGAAGGCGGCGGCGCUGGCGCGGCUCACCAGACGGCUGCUGACGCUGCCGCCGCACGCCGCCCGCCUCGCCACGCCCGCGCUCUCCACAUCAGAGACCAUGCUCAAAUUAGCGCGGCAAUAUGUGUACGCAAUCAUCCAAGGUCGGACAGUGGAAGAAUGUUUCCAAGAUGAACAGAUAAAGUUAGCCAAUGAAUCAAACAAAAUAUCUGGAUACAUAUCACCAAAAGCAUAUCAGUUGAAGACGAGACAGAUGUCCUCGGCUACACUCACAUCGCAAAUUAAAGAAAAUACAUGCUCCAAUUUAUCUAUAAGACAAGAACAGCCAAAGAGCUCCUCCAAGAAUAUUUUGCAGGACAAAUUAGUUAAUAUAGAUUCUAAUUCGAAUAGCAGCAUUGGUAUUAGUAUGCUAGAUAAAAUUGGCUUAUAUAAGUCUAACUCGAUGCCCUCUUUCGAAGAUGCUGCGAAAAUGCGGGCUAGGAGACAAAUAAGUUUUGACAGUGUUGACUUUCCAAAAAGGUGAUGUGUUUAAAGUGAUGUAUUUGUGAAGAAAAGUGUGUUAACUUGUGUUAGAAUACCAGCGUUAAGUAUCAAAACUUUGACUUUAGUUCUAUUAAUUUAUUUGAAGACUUUCAUAUUCUUUGACAUUUUAAUUUUUUCUCGCUCUAAUAUUUAGUGUUGCGACUUCUGUAACUGUCAAAUAUUGGGGUAAUUAUGGCAUUGUAAUACAUUGUAUUGUAUUUACAUGUACAGUACAAUACAUAUGUACUUUAAUUAAAAAAAAAUCCCUAGCUAAUAUUUAGAAGCAUUUGAAAAAAUUGUAUUUCAAUACUAUGAAACGAAUUAACAGCUUUUGUCUAUGGUAUAGUAUUUUCGUGUCUCAAAUGUUUGACAAUAUAUUUUUGACUUUUGUUAACUUAGCAAUAAUUAUUUGAUUGUCUCUUAUUCUAUAUCUUUUAAUAUUCUGUGCUGAUUUACUAUUUAUAUAACAGAAUAGAAAUAGCUUCAAAGUAUUAAGUACAAUCUACUUUUUUCUUAAAUUGUAAUUAUAUUAAAAUAAAGUAUAUGUAAAAUAUUGAAAUAUGAUAAACGGAACAAAGGUUUCAUGGGUUUGUAAAUUAAGGUUGUCCAAAAAAAUUCUAAAUUACAUAAAGUAAGGAUUUAUUUCUGUUUACAAAUUGUCUCUAGAAAUAUGUAUGUAACUUUGUUGCUAUUAACAUAUAUGAAAAAUAUUCACAUAUAUGUUAAAACUUCUUCAAAUGUAAUUAAUCAAUAUCUCUGACAUUGUCUAUGGUUUUAUAUUUUUCGGUACUUGUAUAUUUUGACAUGCAUCAAUGAAGAAUUUUAUUAAUGUAAUUUUGUGUUUUGUGCAUAUAAAGCGCAUUUUUUUGUUAUUUCUUUGAGUUUAUUUUGUUUAAUGCACAGACAAUUGUCAUAUCAAUAUUGCACUGGUAACAUUUGUAGGUAAGUUGUGAUAUAGGUAUUAACUGCAUUACUAGUUGAUGUAACGCGAACUGAAAUAUAAUUUUAGUGUGGACUUAGAAAACUUUUAUGAUGUAACCUGCUACCGCUGAGUGUGAUCUCGGUUUCUGUAAAUGUAGCGAUAAAUUAUUUUUCUCGAAUA